CGGAGGGCCCGGGGUCAGUAGGGGGCCCCAGAGAUGCCCUUGGACACAGGGGCCCCAUGAUCCCCUAUUGCCAGGGGGCCCCUGUGAGAGUACCAGAGUACCCCUUUACAUCAGGGUCCCCAACAGAGUGCCCCCUUACAUCAAGGUCCCCAUCAGAGUGCCCCCUUACAUCAGGUGUUAUAUCAGAGUGCCCCCUUACAUCAGGUGUUAUAUCAGAGUGCCCCCUUACAUCAGGUGUCCCCAACAGAAUGCCCCAUUACAUCAGAGUCCACACCAGAGUGCCCCCCCUUACAUCAGGUGUCCAAUCAGAGUGCAUCCAUCAGAGUUCCCCCUUACAUCAAUUGUCCCCCGCAGAGUGCCCCAUUACAUCAGGGACCCCAUCCGCGGUCCCCAUCAGAGUGCCCCCUUACAUCAGGUGUCCCCAACAGAGUGCCCCCUUACAUCAGGGUCCCCACCAGAGUGCCCCCUUACAUCAG